AGAGCGCCACUUUCCACCACAAAAACAAGAACCACUAUCAGCCCAUGAGAAGAGUCCCUGCCUCUCUCUCUCUCUCUCUCUCUCUCAAUCUCUCUCAGCGAGAGAUGGCUGCAAAUGCGGUGACUUUCGGACUGGGCGGGUUCGCCAUCAAGAACUCCGCCACGAGCAGUUCAAAGUCCAGGCCUUUCGCUCUCCCAACUUCGGUCCCUCUCUCUUGCACCCUCGUGGCUUCCGCUGGAGCACAGGUUGGAGAAGGUGUUCUCAACAAUCAUUUGAUUGGCACAGGAAUUGGAGCAAAUCCUGAACAUAGACGGUUACAACCUACUCACAUGGCCAAAGUUGCAAAAGGAAGUUCUGGCCUAGUUGGGGAUGAUGAGGGUGUAGCGAACGAAUUGGUUUAUGGAACAGAGUACGGUAGAGUAGACCAGAUCAAAGCUUGCCUUUACCAGGCUCUUGAUGGAUUAAAUAGAGGGAUUUUUGGUGUACCAUCUGCUAAGAAGUCUGAGAUCGAAGGUCUUGUUAGGCAGCUUGAGUCUCAAAAUCCAACUCCAAAUCCAACAGCGAAUUUAGGCAAGGUUGGUGGAUGCUGGAAGCUUGUAUACAGCACCAUUACGAUUCUCGGUUCAAAGAGGACAAAGCUAGGACUGCGAGAUUUCAUAAAUUUGGGAGACUUUCUUCAGAAUAUAUUUGUUGCUCAGGGCAAAGCAGUCAAUGUGAUCAAGUUCAAUGCGAGGGGCUUGAACAUGUUGAACGGGCAGUUGACGAUCGAGGCAUCCUUCAGGGUGGCAUCUGAAUCAAGGGUUGACAUUACUUAUGAUAAAUCAACUAUCACUCCUGAUCAGUUGAUGAAUGUGUUUCGACAAAACUAUGAUCUCCUGCUGGGCAUCUUCAAUCCUGAGGGGUGGCUUGAGAUUACAUAUGUUGAUGACACGAUGAGGAUUGGAAGGGAUGAUAAAGGCAAUGUCUUCAUACUGGAAAGAUCAAAAGAGGAGACAUGAGUAUCAUCAGAAGCUCAAUUCCCAAUUGUUCUUGUUGUUCUCUGCACAAAUUUUUUAGAUUUUUACCAGAAUUCUUUGUAGUUGCGUUUGACCUUCAUUAUUCUAAAGAAAAUUAUAUCCUUUGCGUUGGUUCUAGAAAAUAAAUUGAAUGCCAUCACUUUA